AGAGUCAAUAAUGAGACAAAAACUAAUUCAGAGGACCCCAACAUAUGCAACUUCUGAGCUCCACAGAAGUGUAUCACUUCCCCNCAGAGCUGGAGCAAGGGCAGACGNGACCUUGCACCCUGUGGCAACUUGCCCCACACUUCCUGUCCUCUCUUUCCUCUUUCAGAUUUCAACUGGAGGAACAGAUGCAACUCGGCUGUGUGGGCAGCAAGGUUCCCCUCUGGGGAACCCUCCUGGUCACAGGGAGUUUGUAUCUUCUGGUAGGAGCCUGCGGCUGACCUUCCAGGCACACUCGUCCUCCAAGAACAAAAUCACACACCUCCACAAAGGUUUCCUGGCUCUCUACCAAGCUGUAGCUGUGAACCAACCCAAUGGGGAUGCCAAAGCUGCCACGACACCCGGAGCUCUCAAGAUUCAGAACCACUGCCAAGAUCCUUAUUAUAAGGCAGAACAGACAGUCUGUGGAAGACCAGUCGUCCCCCUUGCUGAGAACCCAAACACUUUUGGUUCUUCCCGAGCUAAACUGGGCAACUUCCCCUGGCAAGCCUUCACCAGCAUCUAUGGUCGUGGGGGCGGAGCCCUGCUGGGUGACAGAUGGAUCCUGACUGCUGCCCAUACCAUCUACCCCAAGGAUAGCAUCUAUCUCAGAAGGAACCAGAGUGUGGAAGUGUUUCUGGGUCACACAGACAUAGACGAGCUACUGAAACUCGGGAACCAUCCUGUCCGUAGGGUCGUGGUUCACCCAGACUACCGCCAACAUGAGUCCCACAACUUCAAUGGAGAUAUUGCUCUCCUGGAACUUGAGCAGAGAGUCCCUCUGGGGCCCAAUCUCCUCCCAGUCUGUCUGCCGGACAAUGAGACCCUCUACCACAGCGGCCUGUGGGGUUACGUCAGUGGGUUUGGUGUGGAGAUGGGCUGGUUAACGACAAAGUUGAAAUACUCAAAACUGCCUGUAGCUCCCAGGGAGGCCUGUGAAGCCUGGCUCCGCCAGAGGCAGCGAACUGAGGUGUUUUCNGACAAUAUGUUCUGUGUCGGGGAAGAGUUGCAGAUGAACAGUGUCUGCCAGGGAGACAGCGGCAGCGUCUAUGUGGUGUGGGACGAUCUUGCUCUCCACUGGGUGGCCACGGGCAUUGUAUCCUGGGGCAUCGGGUGUGGCAAGGGGUAC